AAAAUACACUACUAGUAGUAGUAACUGUAUGUUUAGAUGUGCGCACUUCUCGUUUUAUUUGUGGCGAGAUAUGGCCAACGGCUUUUCCGUAGCGGCAACAUUUAUGAAAAACUUACACAAAGUUAACUCACUGGAAAACUAGAUGCCGUUAAAACUGGCAAUAUCAGCGACUCAAUGGUUUCCAUCUUCUGCACAUAUCGUUAAGUCUUUGGUCUGUUCGGUUUCAGUUUCCAUUAUUGAUUGUUUACAUUUUGUUGCCUUCAGUGAUUUUCAGUGACUUGCUUUAUUUAUUUAUGCAUUUAUUAUAUUUCUAGCCAAGUUUCAGUUCAAUUUUUAUCAUCAUGGACGAUAAUAAAAAAAAAAGGAAACAGUAUUCUUUAAAAGGAAAAAUGGAAAUCUUGAAGGAAGUAAACAAAGGCACAAAAAAAUCACACGUGGCCAAGCAGUUUGGUUUGGCACCCCCUACACUCUCUACAGUACUGAAAGAACGGGGGAAGAUUGUUGUAAUGUAUAUAGUAUAGUUUCCGUGUAAAUAGACCUUGGACAUUAUAAACAUUGUUGGCAUUGGUCAACACACUUGAGUUUUGAAUCUCGCGCGCCGCGCUGCUGGCGAUAGUGGCGCUGCUACUUGGCUGCUGUGAGUUGGCUGCCCUGCUUCCUCCGGAAGUCAGUUGUUCUACAAAGGCAUGGUCGUAAGUGGUGCUAUCGGGUACUCUUGCUAUCUGGCGACAUCGGUCGCCAAAUUAAAUAGUUUUUGUGCAAUUCGCUGUUUUAUAGUCCAUUAAUGAACAUUUUUGGUCCUCCGGGCCGGAUCUAGUUCCGGUAUUUUCGUUCGUUUUUUUGUGUAAUUUUCGUUCGUGCUAUCGCGGCGUUGUUAGCCUCGUGUGAAGUGAAUUCUCGCACAUUGACUAACAGUUUGUGACUCUGAAGUGCUCGUUUUGGUUGGCGGGAGCAGCGAUCAGUGUCUCGGCUGUGGUUGAAACGUUUUAACUAGUUCGUUCGACGACUCUAACCUCUAGGUUGAGGUUAUGUCUUCCGUUUCAUUUGAAAACGAUCGUUGAACCCUUUGGUAGUCAAUCACCAUGGCUGAAGGGCAGUCGGCGCUGGUGCGCAUCCGUCUUGCUGAAGGUCGUAUUAAGCGAGCCUUUGAUCUCGCGCAGAUGGUUCCCAGUGAUAGCUGAAAAAUAAAUUUGUUUCGCGCCACAGCGCGCGACCUUCACUGCGUCCGAGAAAGGUUCGAAACGGACUUCGUCAUCGUUGAAACAACCGCAACGACCGAAGAUGGAUUCGAUGCUGAGGCGCACACCGCACGCUUGGCUGACUUUGAAGAAAAAUAUUUCGAAGUGAUGUCAACAUUGGAAGCCAUUGAGGAGGUCAAGGUAGUAUCACCAGGCACACCCACUACUCAGGUGAGCAAAUCUCGUGUGGCUCUUCCAAAAAUCUCUCUUCCCAAGUUUGAUGGGAGCCCUCAGCAGUGGGCUAAUUUCUCUAAUUUAUUUGUCACCCUGGUAGCCAACAAUGCUGAUAUAUCAUCAGUGGAAAAACUGGCCUACCUCAAGACCGCCCUUAAUGGGGAACCACUUGGAAUGGUGCAAUCUCUGCCGAUCUCUGAAGCGAAUUACGAGGUCGCGUGGAAGCUUCUUGUUGGCCGCUACGAGAAUAAGAGGCUAAUUGUCUCAGUCCAUGUAGAGGCCCUCUUGAAGGCCCCAAUGGCUGCGUCUGACUCACCCAAGGCUCUGCGCAAUUUGUUAACCAUUGUAAACGAGAACCUCUUGGCCCUUAGGGCACUGGGUGUCCCUGUAGACCAAUGGGACUUGAUUUUGCUCCCUAUUUUGUGCAAGCGGUUAGACUCUGUCCUUCAAACACAGUGGGAGCUUACUCAAACCGAUGCCCUUCCAACUGUAAAAAACCUUUUGUCCUUUAUCGAAACCCAUUGUCGGGCCCAGGAAACUGUGACAGCUUCUCGGUCACAUGUUCCAGGUGCAGGACCUACACAGUCAAGGAACCAAAUGCCAAGCUGGAGACAGGCUCGUCAAUCUGUGAAAAGUUUGGUCAGCUCUCCACAAUCAUGUUGCGUUUGUAACAGUACCCAUGUUGUUUUUAAGUGCCCUAAAUUCAUCAAGAGUAGUCCCAAGGACAGAUAUAAGAUAGCUAAGGAGCACAAAUAAUGCCUGAAUUGCUUGUCACCAUCUCACGCAUCCAAGGAUUGUUCAUCAUCAUCGUGUCGUUAUUGUGGAUCCAGGCAUCAUUCUCUGUUGCACUUCGAGCAACAGACAGCCAUCAACCCUGGUCCGGGCAAGGAUGCUUCAACCACACUCAUUGAACCAAACCCUGCAACUGUUGCAGUUGCUGCCGCUCUACCAAGUGAAGCAAGAACAGUGUUAUUAUCAACAGCACAGGUACACGUGUUUGAUUCAAGUGGAACUCCAAUGGUCGUGAGGGUUCUGUUGGAUACUGCCAGCCAAGCUAGCUUCGUCACAGAGAGCUGUCUGCAAAGAUUGAGGCUUACUCGUAGAAGAUCUCAUCUACCAGUACAAGGUUUAGCUAACACUUCAGUGAAUGUGGCCAAGUCAUGCGCCUCCAUUGUUAUGGCACCAGUUGGUAGCACGAGCAGUAGAUGUAUUUGUAAUUUCGAGAAUCACCUCCAAUUUGCCAAGUGCCAAGCUGAGCGCCAGGGUCCGUGGUGCAGUGGCACAUUUGAAACUUGCCGACCCUGCAUUUGACACCCCUGGUCCUGUUGAUCUGUUAAUUGGUGCAGAGUUAGUUCCUAGACUCCUUACUGGGGCCAAAAUUGACGGUUCACCCGUAGCUCUGGACUCUGUGCUUGGGUGGAUACUGAUGGGACAGGUGGACACACAAGUCCCAUCAUUGACUGCAACAUCUUUGUGUAUCUCUCUUCUCACUUCACACCCUCCUUUGGAUGAGGUAGUAAAAAGGUUCUGGGAAUUAGAGGAGUUUCCUGCGACAACACACAAGUCUCCUGAAGAUGUCAAAUGUGAGGAAUGGUUCAGUAAAACUCAUCUGAGGUCUGGAGAUGGGCGUUACAGUGUAUCACUGCCCUUUCGGCAACCUCUUCUGAAAUUGGGUGCGUCAAGGCCGCAGGCUCUUAACAGAUUUCUUCGUCUUGAAAAUCGUCUCAAGUCUGAUCCCAAAUUGAAGGCCAUGUAUUCAGAGUUUAUGAGUGAUUAUGUAGCUAGUGGUCACAUGGAAGAAGUAACAGAGUCACAGAUUCCUUCAGCGUCGUAUUAUAUUCCCCAUCACUGUGUGGUUAAACCUGAAAGUUCAACUACAAAACUGAGGGUGGUUUUUGAUGCAUCCGCCAAGAGCUCUUCAGGUGUUUCGCUGAACGAUGCGCUCUUUACUGGCACCCGGCUUCAACGGGACAUAGUUGACCUAUUGUUGAGUUUUCGUCUGCAUGUAGUAGUCUUCACUGGUGACAUCAAACAGAUGUACAGACAGAUAGGUGUACACACUCGUCAUCAGGAUUAUCAGCGCAUUGUUUGGAGGUUUAAUGAUGCUGAACCUGUGAAGGAUUAUCGUCUCAAGACUGUAACCUAUGGUGUCUCUGCAGCACCGUUUCUCGCAUUACGUACACUUCAACAAUUGGCACAGGAUGAAACCGAGCACUUCCCAACUGCAUCACAGGUCUUACUUACAGAUGUCUACGUUGACGAUGUUGUCACUGGAUCUAAUUCGGUUGAUUCUGCCUUGGCCAUUCAGAGGGAGCUUAUAACACUCCUAGGAAAAGGAGGCUUCAAGCUGCGCAAAUUUAUGAGCAACCACCAAGCUCUUCUGGAUUGGUUGCCAGUGGAGGAUAUUGAGAUCCCACAACCAUUUUCAUUGGAUUCGGACGAUUGUGUCAUUAAGGUCUUGGGUCUGCAAUGGAAUCCUGUGUCGGACACAUAUUCCUACAAGAUACAGCCUAGUUCUGGCAAUGCCACAAAAAGGACAAUCCUGUCAAAUCUGGCUAGGAUUUUUGAUCCUCUUGGGUGGCUCACCCCACUGAGUAUGUUUGCAAAGCACCUGAUCCAAGUCUUGUGGGCACGGAACCUGGGCUGGGAUACUGAACCACCGGAUGACAUCCUAAGCAACUGGAAGAACUUCAACACUCAGCUGUCACAACUGUCAUCAGUUACCAUUCCCCGACUGAUUCGAGGACAGGCAGGAGGUUCCUACCAGUUGCAUGGAUUUUCGGACAGCUCCGAAAUUGGUUACGCAGCAGUUGUGUACUUGCGCAUUGACAACCCUGAUGGUACAGUUCUGGUACACUUGCUGAUUGCCAAGUCGAAGGUAGCGCCACUCAAGGUUCAGUCGCUGCCUCGCUUAGAACUAUGUGGGGCCCUUUUGUUGGCUCGCCUGCUUCACCAUGUCAUUGAUGCCUAUGGAGCGACACUGCACUUCAGUUCGGUUACUGCCUGGACUGAUUCACAGGUAACUCUUGCCUGGAUAAACUCUUCUCCACAUGAGUUAAAGACCUUUGUGGCAAACCGGGUUAGUCACAUUCAAGAGCUAACUCGUCCAGAAUGGUGGAAGCAUGUUCGUUCUGAACAUAACCCGGCAGACUGUGGAUCCCGUGGGCUUCUGCCAGCACAAAUUGUAUCUCAUCCUCUGUGGUGGUCUGGCCCUUCAUGGCUGAAGAAGGCUGAGGACCAGUGGCCUGAAGGUAUUCCGUGCAUUAAGGCUUCUGACGUAAUCCUGCUUGAAAGGAAGGUAGUGGCAUUGGGAACUUUUAUCUCCCCUGGGGACUUGGACACAUUAUUGGAACGUUUCAGUCGGUUGACAAGGCUGUUGCGUGUUACUGCCUGCUUGUUCAGAUUUAUCAACAAUUGUCGUCAUCCACUGGAAGGACGGGCCAUAGAAGAGCUGUCAUCGAAGGAUCUAAACACUGCCCUAGAGUUCUGGAUACGUUAUGUUCAGUCCAUGUGCUAUCGAAGUGAUUUAAUUGCCUUGAAGAAGGAUCAAAUCACCUCCCCACAACUUCGUAGAUUGCUACCGUUCAUUGACUCCAAGGGAGUGAUUAGGGUGGGCGGCAGACUGUCUCAUUCGGAUCUGCCCUUUGAGCAGAAGCGCCCAGCCCUUCUUCCUAAAUCGAAUCCCCUGACAAGACUGAUCAUAGGUCAUUACCAUGAAGUUAAUCAACAUCCGGGAAUACAAGCACUCCAGGCCAUUGUCAGGGAGAAGUUCUGGAUUAUGGGGGACAAGCGUGCAAUCACCAACCUUGUGCACCGUUGUGUGCGUUGUUUUCGUGCAUCUCCAUCAUCAGUUGCUCCGCUGAUGGGAAACCGUCCAGCUAUGCGGGUUCAGCAGGUAAAACCGUUCUCAAGGUCGGGGGUUGAUUACGCUGGUCCAUUCUUGAUUAAGAUGGCCCGUCUUCGCAAGGCUGCUGUGCUGAAAGCAUAUCUAUGCGUGUUUGUCUGUUGCGCAACAAAGGCAGUACAUAUCGAGCUAGCCUCGGACUUAUCGACAGAUGUGUUUUUGGCUGCCUAUAAACGUUUCAUUGCACGUCGAGGACGUUCCUCGGACAUCUACAGCGAUUGUGGCACCAACUUUGUUGGGGCACGAAAUCAGUUCUCCGAACUACAACUCCUCACGUCGUCUUCCCAUCAAACAACAGUGGCUUCAUCGCUCGCACAUCUUGGUGUGACUUGGCAUUUCAACCCGCCAGCUGCUCCUCACUUUGGGGGUUUAUGGGAAGCGGGUGUCAAGUCGUUCAAGUCCCAUUUGAGGAGGGUGAUAGGAGAGCAGAUACUAACGUACGAGGAGUUAAACACAGUAUUGGCUCAGGUUGAAGCAGUGUUGAACUCAAGGCCGUUGUGUCCCCUCAGUGCGGAUCCCAAGGACUUCACUCCUCUGACCCCAGGCCAUUUCCUGACGCUGGAACCGUUAGUGACAAUACCCGAACCAGAUUUACGUCAGGUAAAAAUGAACUGUUUGCAUCGCUGGCAGCUUGUAUCCCGACUACAUCAAGAUUUCUGGCAUCGCUGGCAUCGGGAUUACCUGCACACGCUGCAACAACGUAGCAAAUGGCAGAAAAGGGCGUCAGGUCUUGCCCCCAACCAGAUGGUGCUGGUCAAGGAAGACAGGCUUCCACCUCUGCAAUGGCCGCUGGGGCGCAUUGUUGAUCUUCAUCAUGGAACGGACGGCGUGGCACGAGUGGCCACUGUACGAACUGUCACAGGCACUGUCAAACGGCCAGCAGUGAAAUUAUGCCCGCUCCCCUGUGACUGUUGAAAUCGGUGAUUUCAAGGUGGGCGGUAUGUUAUGUAUAUUGUAUAGUUUCCGUGUAAAUAGACCUUGGACAUUAUAAACAUUGUUGGCAUUGGUCAACACACUUGAGUUUUGAAUCUCGCGCGCCACGCUGCUGGCGAUAGUGGCGCUGCUACUUGGCUGCUGUGAGUUGGCUGCCCUGCUUCCUCCGGAAGUCAGUUGUUCUACAAAGGCAUGGUCGUAAGUGGUGCUAUCGGGUACUCUUGCUAUCUGGCGACAUCGGUCGCCAAAUUAAAUAGUUUUUGUGCAAUUCGCGGUUUUAUAGUCCAUUAAUGAACAAUUGUGAAGAUGUAUGUAUGGGAAUAGUAUAUGUACGUUGUGAUAUUUCAGUAUAAAGAACAAAAUCCCUUGCUUUAUAAGA